UUCCCUGAUUAGCAACCAAACCUUUCCUCAACUGGCCUUGACAAGUCCGACGGCCAAGUUAAAACCGAAAAAAAUCCAAAUUCGACGUAAGCGAUCGGCUUGUCAAGAUGGACAGUGUUUGGUACUGCGGACCCGCAGACGUGCUGAUCAAGAAGGCCAAGGACAUGUCCCUCAGCCUCGGAGAAUUGGAGGCGAGGACGGAUGCAUUACUGAUCGACGCGGAGGGUGUGGAUCAGGACUUGGUCAACUGUCGCAAGUUCCGCGAGGAGCAGCUGCUGAAAUACCUAACCGAAAACAACACCGACGAAGAGCAGAUGCAGAUGCUGCGUGACAACGCGGAACUAAAGGAAACCGCCAGUGAAUUUCACCAGGGAAUCGCUCUGAUUAGUGAGAAGUACCGACAGCACAGCGAGAACGAAAUGUUCAUCAAUAGCUAUCAGUUGAGGGAUCGCUACUUGGAGGGACUAACGCAAGUUGAAGAGCAGGAUGCUCGGAUCGAGCAGAUGUUGGAGUUCAUGAAGCUAACCGCCGAUUUGGAGGAUCGAUCCAGUGACGACAACCAGAACAUCAUUCGAAAACUAGCUGGGGAAAACGAGCAGAUGCGCCGUCAGUUGCAAAUCAGCAGUGGCGAGCAGCUUUUCCGCCAGGGAGCACUCGAAUCCAGCGAGUCCAGCACUCAGUUUGAAUCCAACGAUCCAGGAACAUCGAAAACCAAGAGCUUCGCUAGCUUGGAGAGCUUUCUGUCCUGCCUCUCGCAGGAAAUCGUCGAUGAUGAUGACUGCUCCUCCACCAAUUCGCUGGUCAGUCAGUUCGAGGUGAACCUCUUCAUCGAGGAGGCCUUGACCGAGAAUCCCGAGGAAGCAUCUCCCAUUCAAAUGAACCAGGAAUGAACAACAUUCACACCACCUCAAACACACAUUAAACACACUGCUUCCAUUUAAACAUUCUAGAUUGAAGAUUAAUUUUGAUUAAAACUUAGCUUGACUUUGAAACAAAUUAUAAUUCGGGAUGUGAACUUACAGUUGUCAAGAGGGAUUCUACAACGUAUUCCCCACCCGAAAUAUAAUUUAAUUCGAAGCUACACUUCCUCGACGCUAUUUGCUGUUGAUACCUGCUGCUGUUUGUAAACCAACUUGUCACUUUCAUAAAUAUCUGUGUAGUAUUUUAAA